GAGUUGCAGUUCCUCCAGAGGGGGGCAGCAAUGUUUGUACAUCAGAUAAAGAGAAGACCGGAAUCCUGGCGGUCAGACAUUGUCACUGAGCCUUUCCGUGUUGUUGCAGCUCAACUGUAGCGAACUUAAAAAGCUACCUCUAAAAUGGUAACGAUUCCAGCUAAUCCUGCGGUGUGAAAGGCAACAGAGGUGAUUCCUGCUAAUGAGAUACAUUCGUCAUAAGGUACUGAUUUGACUUUAACAUUACACCGAGCAGCCCUGCGUAUGUAAAUUAGAAUCAGUGACCUCUGCAGACCGAAGAUGACAUCUAAGAAAGUGAUCGAGUUGUUCUACGACGUGGUUUCCCCGUACUCUUGGCUUGGCUUUGAGGUAAUGUGCCGCUACAGACACGUGUGGAAUAUAGAGCUCAAACUGCGUCCUGCUUUUCUGGGUGGCGUCAUGCAAGGAGCAGGAAACAAGCCCCCUGGUGUGGUUCCAAACAAAUUCCUGUACAUGACCAAAGAUCUGAACCGCUUGUCAGAGUAUUUUGGUGUUCCCUUGCAGGAGCCAUCUGACCCCUUUGAGGCCAUGUUCAAAAAAGGCUCCUUGUCUGCAAUGAGAUUUGUGGCAGCAGUACAAGAGAGGGAGAAGGGUGGAGACGAGCAGGUGGAGCGGGUGUCCCGGGAGCUGUGGAGAAGGAUCUGGAGUGAAGACAAAGACAUCACUGCACCUGCAUCGCUUUCUGAGGCAGCGAUGAAAGCUGGACUGUCUGACAGCGAGAUUGAAGAAGUUCUGAAGCUGUCCACGUCAAAGGAGAUCAGAGACAAGCUGAAAAGCACAACACAGUGUGCACUUGAUUACGGGGCAUUUGGCUUCCCCCUCGUGGUGUGUCACGUAAAUGGAAAGCCAGAGGUGUUUUUUGGUUCUGACAGAUUUGAGCUCAUGGCCCACUGCAUUGGGGAGAGGUGGCUGGGACCUCAGCCUGGCAAAUCAACUACCAAGUUGUGAAAUAAUGUAUAAAUCUGCCUUCAAACACUGGUGUGCUUAUAGAUUCUAAUUUUAAUAAUUUUUUCACAUUUCAUAGUUUCUGUGCCUUCUGAAACCAAGCCGUAUAUUUGCAGUUGACCUCUAAUAACAAAUAGUGUCAAUAAUGUAACAUACCAUUCCACUGUUACCUGCAAUUAUGUGCCUAUUAUUAAAAGAAACAUUGACAACUUCCA